CAGUCUGUGUCAAAAUUUUUGGACUGACCCACAUAUCUUCCCUUAAAUUGGUCCUAACAUAUCCAGGAAGUAUGUGGCCCAUCCUUCAGGUGGAGUUCGUAUUUAUAUUGAAGUUGAGAUUUGCAAGAAGCCCAGUGAAGAACAGCAACUGGUGUUCUGGUGACACAGCCAGGAAAAGGCAGAGCCGAGCCUGGCUCCUGCAGUCCGCAGGCCACCUAGCCGCGUGCGCAUCUGCUCCAUCAGUCAGCAGAUACUUGGAAUCUGCACUGAAGGCCCUGGGGACAGAUGGACUUUUCCUCUUUUCUUCCCUGGACACGGAUCGGGAUAUGUACAUCAGCCCAGAGGAGUUCAAACCCAUUGCUGAGAAGCUGACAGGGUCAACUCCUGCAGCCAGCUACGAGGAGGAGGAGCUCCCCCCAGACCCCGGUGAAGAGACGCUCACCAUAGAAGCCCGAUUCCAGCCUCUGCUCCCAGAGACCAUGACCAAGAGCAAAGAUGGGUUCCUAGGGGUCUCUCGUCUCGCCCUGUCCGGCCUCCGCAACUGGACAACCGCAGCCUUGCCAAGUGCAGUGUUUGCCGCCCGCCACUUCCAGCCCUUCCUUCCCCCUCCAGGCCAGGAGCUGGGCGAACCAUGGUGGAUCAUCCCCAGUGAGCUGAGUGUCUUUACCGGCUAUUUGUCCAACAACCGUUUCUACCCACCACCACCCAAAGGCAAAGAGGUCAUCAUCCACCGGCUCCUGAGCAUGUUCCACCCUCGGCCCUUCGUGAAGACCCGCUUUGCCCCUCAGGGGGCUGUGGCCUGCCUGACAGCCAUCAGCGACUUCUACUACACUGUAAUGUUCCGAAUCCAUGCUGAAUUCCAGCUCAGCGAGCCACCCGACUUCCCCUUUUGGUUCUCCCCUGGCCAGUUCACUGGCCACAUCAUCCUCUCCAAAGAUGCCACCCAUGUUCGUGACUUCCGGCUCUUCGUGCCCAACCACAGGUCUCUGAAUGUGGACAUGGAGUGGCUGUAUGGGGCCAGCGAAAGCAGCAACAUGGAGGUGGACAUUGGAUACAUACCCCAGAUGGAGCUGGAGGCCAUAGGCCCCUCGGUGCCCUCCGUGAUCCUGGACAAAGAUGGCAAUGUGAUCAACAGCCACCUGCCCUCAGGGGAGCCCCUCCAGUUUGUGUUUGAGGAAAUUGAGUGGCAGCAGGAGCUGAGCUGGGAGGAGGCCGCCCGACGCCUGGAGGUGGCCAUGUACCCAUUCAAGAAGGUCACCUACCUGCCGUUUACCGAGGCCUUCGACCGAGCCAAGGCUGAGAAUAAGCUGGUACACUCGAUCCUGCUGUGGGGGGCCCUGGACGACCAGUCCUGCUGAGGUUCCGGGCGGACUCUCCGGGAGACCGUCCUGGAAAGUUCGCCCAUCCUCACCCUCCUCAAUGAGAGUUUUAUCAGCACCUGGUCCCUAGUGAAGGAGCUGGAGGACCUGCAGAACAACCAGGACAACCCAUCCCACAGGAAGCUGGCUAGCCUGCACCUGGAGAAAUACAACUUCCCCGUGGAGAUGAUGAUCUGCCUGCCCAAUGGCACUGUGGUCCAUCACAUCAAUGCCAACUACUUCCUGGACAUCACCUCAAUGAAGCCUGAGGACAUCGAGAAAAACAUCUUCAGCUUCUCGUCCACCUUUGAAGAUCCGUCCACAGCCACCUACAUGCAGUUCCUGAAGGAGGGACUCCAGCGUGGCCUGCCCCUCCUCCAGACCUAGCGUGUCUGCUGGGCACUCUCAUGGACAGGCCCUCACGCCCCAGGGCCAGAGUCGUCCUCAGCCCAUUUCAGACUACAGACACUACCCUCUCCCACCCCACUCGUAGGCUGUCUGGUGGGGUCCAGAGUCAACUGAAGGUGGCCAUCCUCGCUUUGCCUCCAGUGUGGUGGGUAGACAAGGAGGUGCCUGAGACUCUAGUUGCCACCACCACUCCUUUCCUACCCACCUUGCUUCAGAAGCUGCUUGGGACCCCAUGCUAAACUGGGGCUGGGGUGAUCUCCCUGGACCUUGCCCAGCCAGUCACAUAGUUCAGGCCCUUGUAGGGUGAAGAAUAGGAAGGCAGAGUGGGCUGGGAAGACAGAGUCACACCUUUCCUUGCUUUCACCCCCAAACCCACAAAGAAACAUCAAGAGUCCUCAGCCAAUGAGGGGUAUAGGCUUCCAGAGCAGCACUCCUGUUUGUCUAGACUCUAGACCAGCAGUUCUCAACCUGUGGGUUGCAACUGAGCAGUG